GGAUCAUUUGUUUAUUCAGCAUUGUUACUCGUGAAUUUCUUCAAACGAAUUCAUCUUCAGCAAACGUGGUUUAAGAAAAAAUGGCUAUUCCAGCUUUGAUCAGUUUAAAUCAUCUCAACAUUGAGGUUAUUAAAGAUCUUAUUACCAAGAGUGAUGAUGAAAUUAGAGCAACUGCUCUUAACAAUCCCAAGGCCGGUGAAGUUUAUGUCGUCCAAGUGAAUAAUGGGAAAGAUGAUUGGCGAGCAGAUGGGUAUAGGUGGAAGCAAAAUGGACGCAGUAAAAUUCCUCGUGGUUUACCACUGUACACAAAACUCCACUUUGCUACAGUUACACCAACAGGAAUUUCAUGUGUUUUUCAGAAAUUUGUAUACCGUGAUCUAAGUCGGACAGAUGUUGUUGUUGUCCAUUAUAUAGGAAACCAUGAACUUGCAAUCUUAAUGCCUCAUGGUAUAGGUUUUAUCACAUUUUAUUACUGAUUGUUAUUUUAAUUUUAGAACUAUUAAAGAUGAAUGUCUUAUCUAUAUAACUGAGUAUAUAAAGUUGUAUAUACUCUAAAUAAAAUAGUACUUGUGAGGCCAUUAUAAAGACAACUCCUAAGAGAUGGAAAAUCCUAAUAUAAGUUACCCUAGUGAGUUUUAAAAGCCCAAAAAAAUUAUUUUUUUUAAUUACUAUUAAUUUUUUUGAAAAAGUACUGUAUAACAUUAAUUACUGUAUACUUUU